GCUCAGACGCGGCAAGGUUAAGGCUGCAGCUUCCUUCCUUUCCUGCUGGGGUCAGGUCGCAGCCCUCGCUUCGUUUUCGGAGAGAGCCUUCCGGUGGUGGUACGGUGGUGGAGAGAAGACAACAAGGUCUGCUUGCCAUGUCGCGGUCGCGCACGGUGCGGAUCUUGUGGGACGACCCCGACGUGACGGACUCAUCAAGCGAGGAGGAGGAGGCGCGCGGCGCCCGGAGGGUGGGGAGGAUGGUGCGGGAGCUCCCGCCGGCGCCGACGCCGCUGGUCACCGCUGGUUUGCCGGAGCUGUGCAGCGCCGGGGACGACGACCGGUCGUCGAGGCGGCCCGGCCCUGGCCAUGGCGUAUGUAACGCCGGGGCGGCGCGGAAGAGGGCGGCCAACAAGGGCGCGCAGAGCGCCAAGUUCCGCGGCGUGCGGCGGCGGCCGUGGGGCAAGUACGCGGCGGAGAUCCGCGACCCGUGGCGCGGCGUGCGCGUCUGGCUCGGCACCUUCGACACCGCCGAGGAGGCGGCCCGCGUGUACGACGCCGCCGCCGUGCAGCUCCGCGGCGCCGGCGCCACAACCAACUUCUCCGCCUCUGCGACGGACUCGACAGAGAGCGCCCAGGAGGAAGAUCCUCCUCUGCCGGCCGGCGGGUACGAGUCCGGCGCGGAGUCUUCGCAGGCGGCCUCGUCCCCGACCUCCGUGCUGCGCAAGGUGCCCUCCAUGUCGUCCCUCGCGGAGGACAGGGCGUACGACUCCGAGCCCUGCCAUGGCGACGCCCCCACCCGCGGCCUGGCGGCCCUGGAGGAGCUGGGCGAGUUCGUGCCGUUCGAGCACGCGCCGGUCUACUCGUCCGGCACCGGCUUUUGGGACUUCGAGCCGCAGGCGGGGCUGCUCUACGCGGAGCCCUCCUCCUCGUCCGCCGAGGAGGCCUCCUGGGACGCCGGCGAGCCGUGGGCCGCGCCGCCGCCGGCGGGGGUGCCGGAGAACGACUACUUCUUCCAGGACCUGCGCGACCUGUUCCCGCUCAGCAACCUUCCCGCGAUUUUCUAAUCGGGAACGGCUGCUCUUUUUUGCGUGUAUGUCGAGCGUAUUUUGUCGUGUAUGUGUGUGUCACUGUGUAGUAUUUGUACGUCCCUGUGCGCUGUGUGCCCUUGAGUCGUCGAUGAGAAAUGUUGUACGAUC